CAAUAAAAGAUUACUCUCAUGGCAAGCUCAACACCAGCAACUUUAUCCACCAAAGUGACGACCAACUACGCACGCUUGUGUCGUCUCCUGGUUGAUGUUGGUACCCAGGCCCUCAGGGAUACAUUUGAUGCCAUUCAUGCACCGGCAAAUCUUCACGCAGUUUUGGCAAACAAAGACACCGUUUUACAAUCCCUUAGAUGCAGGAAAAUUAUCAAUGCAACGCAAUGGGGCAAGCUCUUCCCUUUUUUUCCCUCUAAAGUGUCUUCGAGAGACUUUGACAUUACUCUUUUGAUGGUUCUAUUACGAAAUUUGGGAGGCUUGCCUUCUCCAAUAAACGGAUGGGACACACUUCCCGCUGAAACGGACAUGAGUCGUGAAGCGGAUAUUGCUCGUGUUAAGUACUUUAGAAACACCGUGUACGCGCAUGCCGAGCAAGCCUCGGUUGAUGACACAACGUUCAACGCGUACUGGCAAGACAUCCGGGACACUCUGGUGAGACUAGGAGGAGUUAGGUACAGGGCAGCUAUUGACAAUCUGGAAACUGAGUGCAUGGACCCUGAAAUUGAAGAUCACUACAAACAACUUCUCAGUGAAUGGAAAAAGGACGAGAACAACAUCAAAGAUGAGCUGAAAGAGAUUGGAACCACGAUGAAAGAUGUCAUGAAAAAACUUGAUGAUUUAACAGCAGCAACUGUGACGGCUAACCGAAAGGAAUCGAGUGAUGAAGAACAAGACCUCGGCACCAACACUGGAGACAACGAAAGUGGCAAAUACAGCAUCACCAUCAAAGCCGAAUGUGACGGGCGUCAUGACGUGGUGUUUGAAGUCAGUCGUCAAUCGCUGACUAGUAGCCCAAGGAGUGUUCACGUGAAGCCUCAUCAAUACCAUGCCGUACGAUGUUUUGGAUCACAGGGUAAAACACCAGGAAAAUUUCAUCUACCUCGCGAUAUUGCAAUAAAUCCCAAGACAGGGAACAUUGCAGUAGCUGAUGCUCACAAUAAGAGAGUGCAACUUUUUAGCUCAGAUGGAACUUAUUUGAAACAGUAUGAUCGGAACGGACCAACCGCUAAAAAGUUAAACAAUCCCAUUUCAGUAGCUUUCAACAGUGCUGGUGGCGUCACUGUUCUUGAUUCCUAUCGUGAGAUCUAUUAUUUCACUGAAAAUGUUGAGUCCAUUAUAGAUAUCUCCAACGAACACUUGAUCAAACCAGGAGACAUGACCAUUGCUCUUGAUGGCCGCAUGCUUGUUUGUGACCUUAAGGACAAAAAGGUCACAGUCCUCUCCGCUGACGGUGCAGAUUUGCUGCAGUUCUUCAGCGACCCACGUUGUGUUGUGUCCCCGUGUGUAGCCUUGUGUCAUCAAGACAAAUUCUUUGUCUCCUAUAAUUCAGCUUCUUGUGUCAAGGUAUAUAACAGUAAAGGAGAAUUUCUAUACGAUAUUGGUAAAGAAGGACCUGGUAGGCUGUGCCAUCCUGUUGGACUCGCCGUUGACAAGUUUAACCACUUGAUUGUCUGUGACAAAAAAGGUGGCAAUGUUAACGUUUUUACACUUGAAGGAAAAUUUGUAAACUCGAUAAAAGGACAGUCGGCCCAAUUUCAAGAGCCUUGGGCUGUUGCUGUGUCAAACACUGGACAAGUAUUCAUUACUGACACAGAAAAACACUGUGUUCAUGUUUUUGAGUGAACAACUGUUUGAGCCUUUUCGAUUUAUUAUAAAGGAGUUUAGAGACUUUUGUAUUUUUGGGUGUAAAACUUUUCAAACAAAAGCUCGGCUGUAGGAAACAAUGUAGGAAACAACAGCUCUUCAUUUGCUAUGACUUUAAAAUGUUUAAUAUUAAAGAACUACUCUAAGGUGAAGUGAAACAUCAUAUCCAAUCCAUUAGUUAUCUUUAAUGAAAUAUUGCUGGGUGUCAUGAAAAGCAGAUCAUCUAGUAGCUGACUAAUUCAAAUCAUUUGGCUGAUGUAAAUAUACUCAAGUUGGAUUGGUUGAAAAUCUUGCAUACUUUUUUUUUUUCAUUAUUUAUCAACAUAUACAACAACAACAACUUUCUUUGUACUCAGCGAGAAAUGAAAUGAACAAACAUAAGUCUAAGUCAACAUAUAACCAAGGAAUACUAAUAAUUAUGAUGAAAAUACAUUUCAGCCAACACCAUACUAUAGAAUAAGUGAGCUGAAAGUUCAAAAUAAGUCUUGUCGCCUGGAAAAAAUUACAAGGGCAUUUGUUUUAGCUAGCGAUCUGAUUUCACGUGGAAAAGGCUUUUGCGUCAUUAUAUCCACAAAAGUACACUAUAACAGACUGACAGUCCUAUAGCGAAAUUCAGUGUUUACACAUGUUAAGGUCCGAUUCUUUUUGUUAUUAAUAUUCGAGGUCUGGUUACCCUACGGUUGUUUACCAUUUACUCAUCGAGACACCGGUUCGUCAACGAUUGCCUGCAAAUAGAAAUUGGCCAUUGACCGUUUGUUAAAAAAACAAUUUACACGAGUUCGACUUGAUAUCAUAAUUUCAAGAUGGCGGUGAAGAAUUGCAAAUGAUAAGCGUAUUUUGCACUCUUAUAUUUCGGUUGGAAAUUUUGGACUACCUUUCAAGACGUUUCGUUUAUAUAUUUCGAAAGUUUUCCGUUGAUCGGGAC